AUAACCAUCUUUGUCAUUUUUGGCUGCAGCUGCUCACCGUAGAAUUGGCGGGUAGGGCGAACAGUGUGAAAAUAGCUAAACAUGGAGGAAAACGUCGUAUCAACCCAAAAGGCGACUGUUGAACAAAAUGAAAAAGACGCUACUGAAGAACAAAUCAGUGCCGCUGUGGAAGUAGUUUUUUCACACAUUAACCAAGGAGCUGUUGGUAAGCCGAAAGAGGAGACCACUGCUCGGUAUAACCGGCUGAAGUUGUUCGACAAAGUGAUGGAGAAGAGCCUCAACAAGUUCCUAGAGCAUGCUAGUUUUAAAGGAUUCACCAGCAUAUUCCGUCCGCUGUACAAGAAAAAUCCUCAGAGGAUGGAAAACAUUCACGAGCAGUUCAAAGAAGAAUUACAGAAAACUAUAAAGGAGGACAUCAACAGAUUAAUUGAGGAAGGCAUGUUAGAAUAUAAACUCAAUGAGCUGGACAAGCUGGAGAGUGCUGCCAAGAACAAUCCAGACACUGCAUGGCGGCCCAGUGGAGUUCCUGAGCAGGAUUUUUGCAGCUUUUUGAUGCCAUACUAUCUAAAGCAGGAAGCCUACAUGCGACUGGAGCUGAAAAGGAUCCAAGCAGAAAAUGCUACUCUGGCACAGAAGGUUCAGGCUGGUAGAGAGAGUAUUGCUCAGAGUGAACAGCGUAUUUCCAAAGCUGUGGAUGAGUGGAAGGUGUCAGUGUCAGAUUUUGAAAGGCUGCUGACUUCUUCUCUGUGUCCUGCUGAUGUCUUUGAUGUGUGAGCUUCAAAUUCAUUAAUGCAUCAACUAACUUAACUGUACAUAUUGUAUUUACUCUGCCAAUUUCUACUAAAUAAACUUGAAAUAAUGUAACUCAA